AGAGAGUAAAUGACCAGGAAGAUGGGCUCAAUCAGCACUGAGAGUGCUGACAGAGUUGUAGGGUCAUUCACAUGUGUGGAUGUGAGCGAGUGUAUAAAAGUUUGGGAUGGCAGUUAGCGACAGCUCCGGGCGGACAGAUCGGUGGGACAGGCACAAACCUUGGGACUUUCCUCUGCCCAGCACGGCACACGAAGGCACAACUAUGCCCAGCUGAUGGAGAGAUGUCCGAGGUGCUGACAGUAGAUGCCAUUUUAUUUGGGCUUCUGGUUUUCUCUGGGAUCUUGGGGAACAUUCUGGUCAUCUAUGUGGUCUUUGAGUCGGCCACCGAGAGCUCCUCCCGCCACCUCCCCCCCUCGGACGCCAUCCUGGUGAACCUCUCCCUCGCCAACCUGCUGACGUCGCUCUUCCGCACCGUGCCCAUCUUCAUCUCCGACCUGGGCCUGGAGGUGACGCUGGCGCCCGGCUGGUGCCGCCUCUUCAUGCUGCUGUGGGUGUGGUGGCGCGCCGUGGGCUGCUGGGUCACCCUGGCGCUCAGCGCCUUCCACUGCGUCAAGCUGCGGCGCCAGCGGGUGAUGGCGGGCCCCCUGGCGCAGCGCCGCGAGCGCCGGCAGGUGUGGCUGGCCCUGGCGCUGGCGUGGGGCGUCAACCUGGCCUUCUCGCUGCCCGCGCUGGUCUACACCACGCACGUGCACGGCAACGCCACCGUGGAGCUGAUGGUGAUCAGCUGCACCACGCGCCCGCUGCUGGGCUGCGUCUGGGAGUUCCCCAGCGCCGCGCAGGGCUCGGCCUUCGCCUCCGCCUCGCUGGCGCUCAACGAGGUGGCGCCGCUGGUGCUCAUGAUGGGCACCAACCUGGCCACGCUGCUCACGCUGGCGCGCCACAUCCGCGCCGUCACCGCCGCCGACGCCGGCAAGGAGCAGCAGCAGGGCGAGCUGGCCAAGCACGUGGCCACCGAGCGCAAGGCGGGCCAGGUGAUCAUGGCGCUGGUGUCGCUGUUCGUGGUGUGCUGGGCCAUGCAGGUGGCGGCCGUCACCUACUACAACCACGACGGCGGGCAUCACGCCGAGGGCCUGCUGACCGUCUCCCACUUCUCCGCCUCGCUCUUCGUGGGGUUCAGCCCCAUGGUGGUGGCCCUGGGGCACGGCAAGCUGAGGAGGAGGAUCGUGGGCAUGGUCCUGGGCUGGGCAGACAGAGCCAAAUGCUCACGAGACGGAGCUGAGGAAGAGUUGGUGUCAGACAUGAGCAUCAGCAAAAGGACAGAGCUGAGCAAAGGCCAGAGAGAGAAGGGGGUCAUCAAAGUGGAGGUGAGAAGUAAGACCUAGCUACAUAACAGGAAAUGUGUGUGUGUGUGUGUGUGUGUGUGUGUUAUGGGUUGAGGGUUGAUAAAAGAUGUGAUAUUUAAAAGAAGCAAAUUGUUGAGGUUAUCUAUUUGGUUAUUUAUAUCUACAUUUUCACGCAUAAAGCACGAAGAUCGGACCUACAAGAGUACAUCUGCAAAUCGGAGGAGAGUAUGGAAGAAAUGAACAGUUUUACCAUAAAAUAUAAAUUUAUGAUAAUA